AUGGUGGGACCAUUCACAAUCUUUGCCAUGGUUCUUUUAGUCCUGUUGUGCUCCCUGGGGAUCCUGGCUAAUGGCUUCAUUAUUGUGGUACUGGGAAGGGAGUGGGCUCGAUGCCACCAGCUGUCUCCCUGUGACAUGAUCCUGAUCAGUUUGGGUGCCUCCCGCUUCUUCAUGCUAUGGGUUGGAACGAUACACAACUUCUACUAUUUUCUUCACCCCCUACAAUAUUCCAAGGAGCCUGCCCGCCAGUACUUUGGGAUUUACUGGGAUUUUCUGAAUUCGGCCACAUUCUGGUUUGGUACUUGGCUUAGCGUCCUCUUCUGUGUGAAGAUUGCAAAUUUCACUCAUCCCAUUUUCCUUUGGCUGAAGUGGAGAGUCAAGGGACUAGUACCCUGGUUCCUACUAUUCUCCCUGCUAAUCUCUUUCAUUGUCACUAUGCUGUAUCUUGGGGGAAACAUUGCUUUGUACCAGGCAUUCUUGCUGAGGACAUUCUCUAGGAACAUAACCUUAUAUGGCUUCAGUAGGAAAUUAGAAAUCCACUAUUUUUUCCCUUUGAAAUUCAUCACUUUGUCUAUCCCCUUUUCUAUGUUUGUAGUCUCAAUAGUUCUGCUGAUUACCUCUCUGUGGAGACACUCCUGGAGAAUGCAACACAGUGCCAACAAUGCCCAUGAUUCUAGUAUUCAGGCUCACAACAGAGCUCUGAAGUCUCUGAUUUCCUUUUUAGUUCUUUAUGCUCUUUCUUUUCUUUCUUUGAUUAUUGAUGUUGCUGCCUUUUGUACCUUUGAGUGUACCUGGUACUGGCCAUGGCAAAUUGUGAUUUACCUGUGCUCAUCUGUUCAUCCCUUCAUUCUUAUCCUUGGCAGCUCUCAGCUAGGAGGGGCACUAAGGAAGCUUCUUCUUCUGCCUAAAACCUUCUGGAAUGGCAAGGGGACAUCAUCUCCUGCCUAA